AUGGGCUCCCUGGGAAGCAGCGACGUCGAGAAGCGACUGGCGGUGGAGAGCGUGAACACGGAGGUGGCAUGCGCACUGCUCGCAACCGAGCAGUACGGGUACGUGGACGUCCGCAUGUGGGAGGACUUCGACCGGGGCCAUGUCGCCGGCGCGCGCAACGUGCCCUACUACCUCUCCGUCAACCCCCACGGCAAGGAGCGCAACCUGGACUUCGUGGACCAGGUCGCCGCGCUCCACUCGAAACAGGACCGGCUCCUCCUCGGCUGCCGCUCCGGGGUGCGGUCCAGGCUCGCCACCGCCGACCUCGUCGCCGCGGUUCACGAAGGUGAAGAACCUGGAGGGUGGCUACCUCUCCUUGCUCAAGAGCGUCAGUUACCAGCAGCCGGCAGCACUAGCCAACCUUCACAAAUUUUCCUUUUGUUUCUAAGGCUCUCAGGAAUAAGUUAA